AUGGCUUCAGUCCCUACUGAUGUGCUUGGUGGUCAUGGGGGGUUUGUGGCUGCUGCUAAUGUACUGAAUGGUUUUGCUGGGGGUGCUGUUGCUGCUCCUGCUACAGCUGGUGCUGGUGCUGGUGCUGCUGCAGUAGCUGGUGCUAGUGCUGCUGCUGCAGGAGCAGCUGCUGGUGCUGGGGGUGCUAGGGCCAUGAGGUGGAACAACAACACCUCUGGUUUUGUUCUUAGGAGGAUGGCCCAUCUUGUUAGAGAUGGUAGUAGGUCUGACAAGGUCUUCAAGGACAAAUAUGUUAACUAUGUGGCCAAAGCACUUAAGGAGUACAGUGGGGAGGUAGUGAGCCCAACUCAGGUGUACAACUACUUGAGGAAAUGGAGGCAGAAGUGGGCUAGGAUCUCUAAGCUGAAAGACCUUAGUGGUGCUUUGUGGGAUAGUGAUGUCAAUGCUAUCAUGCUUGAGGAGGAGCACUACCUAGGGCACUGCAAGCCACCAAUGAUAGAACCAAUGAAGUAG